ACGCGUUUACUGUACAGUGGGGAGUACAAUAAACUACACUAUAGAGAGUCCAAAUCUCACCGAUAUCGUAAUAUAUUUUUCAUAUUUUACACGUCCACGUUUUACUAUGCUACUUCGAGAUUACUAUUUAUCUGUAUUAUGCAAAAUAGGAAGUGAAAUACUAUCUUGAAAAGAUGUCAAAUUCGCUUGUACGUAAAGGACUUGAGUUAUUAGGUUACGAGAAGAAAAUAAAACGAGAAAAGAAGAAAAGAAAACAUACAAAUUAUAAAGGUGCACUAGAUCUAAUUCCUGCGAAACACAGAAUAUUAUCAGGGAACGAUAAGUCAGCUCUUGGUACAAUUCUUGGCCGAUCAAGCAAAGUGACCGUUUAUGAAACACAGAAAAAGUUGGCAACACAAGAAGAUCCAACAGACGAAAAUGUACAAAGACUUUUAAUGCUAAGUAGGAACCAUAUUGAUGAAAAGACAAUAAAUAAGUUAAUUGAUCGAGCUGUGAAGAAAAGAUAUAUUCCAAAACCACAGAAACCUAAAGAACCUGAAACUACAGCAUUUACUGAAGAAGAUUUCAAGAAAUUUGAAAAAGAAUAUGUAGAUCAGUAAUGUUUAAUUCAAUAUUUAAAUACUUUUAAGUUAACUA